UUACAUGUCACUUCACAGUACCUCCCCUCCACUCUGGCAGUAAGCGACUGUACAAACAGCAUAUCACCUAACACUGCAACAGAGCUUCUUGGAUUCUGCAUUAUCAGUAAUGGAUUAUAAACUUCUUCUGAUUCUACUACCCAACCUCCUACUGCUAGCUGAAUGCGAUGACAAUCAAUUGUCAAAGAAGGCAAAAGACAAGAAAGUGACAAACAUGGUGACAGCAAGGACUGCCAACAAACCAGCAACAAAGAAACCCAAACCAGAUAUGGUGAAACAAAAGGCUAAAUCUGCCAAUUCUCCUGUUCAAAGAAACAGUGCUGGAUCCAUUCUUUCUCAAGUUGUUCAAAGAGGGAAGUUUCAACAGUUAGGUGAUACAGUAACAGUGAAGGCUGGUCAGACGUUGGACCUGCGCUGUAAAGGAAUGUCAGUGCGCUGGAAUUACCCACAUUACUUGCAAGAGGAUGAUGAAGGAAGACUAAGGAUUAAACAUUUCAGCCGAUAUAGCCAGCUCCUGGUAGCAAAUACAACAGGUGCAGACACUGGUGAAUACAGUUGCGGGGGUUACCAGUGUGCAGGUAAUAAUUGCCAAGAUGGAGUUGAGAAAACAGGCAAGACAUUUGUAUUUGUUACAGACCCCCAGGAACUCUUUGUCCCUACAGAAGACUAUUAUGUGGUUGUUCAGAUGCGGACACGACAGCCAACUCUUCUUCCAUGCCAGGUGACAAACCCACUCGCCAAAGUAACCCUGCAUCGAGAGUUUCCUCCUGAGCAGAUUCGUGUUGAUGGGGUAAAGAUUGCCUUUGACCUCCAAAAGGGAUUUGUCAUUUACCAGCCACAACUGUCUCUCGCAGGGUCCCUGUACUGCAUUGCAGAGCUGGGGAACCUUCGCCAAAUGUCCACAAAGUAUAUGUUGAUCUACGUUCAUUAUCCGUCUGCCCCACCUAAUCCUUCCAUAGAAGCGUCAGUGAACUCAAUAAAAGCAGGAGAAAAUUUUGUUGUCACCUGCACAGUUUUGGGAGAUGUAGAGGUCGGUGUGGAAUUUACAUGGGAGUAUCCUGGGCAGCAGAUCGGAAGGCCUCCUUAUGUAAGAGAGUAUACAGAACAAAUUCGCCGAGGUGGCCAACUGAUGCAGGAAUCAAAGAGUAUUUUGUCUGUAGAUGGGGCUAGGGCGGUGGAUGAUGGAACGUACACUUGCACUGCUCAAAAUUUGCAGGGGACAACAUCUGUAACCACCAGAGUCACUGUAUUCGCACCUGCUACAACCACCAGAGGAUGAAGCCAGGGGUAACAAGCUGAGGUUCGAUAAAUUCUUUGAUAAAAAGAGUAUCAUCUUUCAUUCAACAGUUAUGAAAUCCAUUAAAUGGACAUACACCAACAUUAGUAUCUUCCUAGGGUUAACCAUCUGUGCAGCUAGUGAGAAAUUUGUGAGGCAUCAUUCUUCUGAAAUGAUAGCGUAACAAUACUAAUAAGACCAACCUGGAAGCACCCCAAAGCCUCCAAGGUCCUAUCUGUUGGUAAUUAAUCAUGAAAAAAAUACUACCAUACCUAUUUAACAUUAUUUUCCGAACCUAGAACAAUGUGAUAUACAGCAUAUAUACAUUCUCUUGUAGCCAUCAGUUGCAUUGCCUGUUUGUGAAUUACAUUACAUUCAGUACAACUAGCAAGAGAAUCACGAGGAAUAUAAUUCACAAAUAUCCACCACUGCUCUAAGGUUUCACUUUUGUGACAUGAAAUCCCUUCAUAGACAUAACUGCUUGAGGACAAGCAAAGUCUAUAAAUAUUAUGGUAUGACAUAUCAGCAGAUGCAAUUUUCAACCGACAUUGGUAACUCCCUGCAGUCCAUUAUUUUACUAAUUUUAAAGGGGAACUAUCACUUUUAUGGAAUUUACACUGCUGAAUAAAACAUAAAAAAUCACCCAUAACGUAUGUAAACCAUUUUUCUCAAUUUAAUAUUAAGCAAAUAACAUCACAUACCAGAUGGGACAAAGCAAAGCCAGGGCAAACUUAAAUGAAGAGGAGAAAUAGAAACUUUGUUUUAAUUUCUUCUCUUGCCUGUAUGAUUAGGUUGUCCUGACUGACAGGUACAAUGAAGAGAGUUUUAACAAUGAUGGAGGUGCCCAAUGGAACAAUUUAAAAGUGUCGAUAAGCUACAUUUAAUUUGGUUUAUCAUGCAUCACAAUGCAUAUUUGUCAAGUAUAGGGAUAACCAAACAUACUAUUAAAAAACCUUUAAAGGAACAGAAUUUCAUGACUGUUCUUUUAGAUGACCGAAUUUAAUAAAGGGAAACGGUCAUCCAAAAAGUCCCAUUUUAAUGUCAUACUUUUCGUUAUUCACAAUACAGAUUAAGGAAUAGCGCACUCAUAAAACACAUUUCUAAAUUCUUUAAGCCUACUUAAAAUCGCCCAUCUCAUCAAAAAAAUGUGGGGAUUCAGUUCCACCAUAUGGCCAUAUUGUGUUAAAGGAGCACUAUAGGGUCAGGAACACAAACAUGUAUUCCUGACCCUAUAGGGUUAAAACCACCAUCUACUCACCCUCGUCCCCUCAUGCCUCCCUAAAUAUAGUAAAAUAUUACUUGUAUUCAAGUCUGCAGCUGCUUAUUUUGUGCCUGUUUCCUUUAGACCGGAAGUGGUAGCCUGAUCCAAUCACAAUGCUUCCCCAUAAUAUUGGCUGAGACUGACAAGGAGGCAGAUCAGGGGCAGAGCCAGCAUGGUUCAAACACAGCCCUGGCCAAUCAGCAUCUCCUCAUAGAGAUGAAUUGAAUCAAUGCAUCUCUAUGAGGAAAGUUCAGUGCCUGCAUGCAGAGGGAGGAGAUACUGAAUGUUUGGAUGCAUUUUAGGCAGCCAUGACCCAGGAAGCAUCUCUAACAGCCAUCUGAGGAGUGGCCAGUGAAGUUAUCACUAGGCUGUAAUGUAAACACUGCAUUUUCUCUGAAAAGACAGUGUUUACAGCGAAAAGCCAGAAGGUAGUGAUUCUACUCACCAGACAAAAUUCAAUAAGCUGUAGUUGUUCUGAUGACUAUAGUGUCCCUUUAAGCCCACUACUGCUUUACAGUACCCCAAUAUUCAAGAUGUAUGUUCCAUGUGUGCCCCCACACGUGCUAUUUUUUCAGCUGCAGGGUUAAAGCUGGAGGGACCUGGCACCCAGACUACUUCAUUGAGCUGAAGUGGUCUGAGUGCCCAUAGGGGUCCUUUAAACAACAAAUGAUAUGCUAAAAUAAGCAAGCUGUCACCAUAGCAAAAUAGGACAGUUUUUCUUAAAUCAUGACUUCUUAAAUAUAGCGAAGCUACUGUAUUUGUGUAUAUUCACUGAGCCAAUAUCAAUGUAAAACAGUGAUAUUCUACGAACUAUAGACAUGCUGCAAACAUGACUGUGGUCUGUAGGUGGCAAUAUUGUGCAAGGCGUUAUUUGCAGUCAUUGUUCUAUGAAGACACAGGGGAUCUAGGAGAGGGACCUUUUGAAGUUUAUACAAUUUAUUGUUACAUUGCUUUAAUAUAUCUUUUUCUCAAACAAGUGUGAA